GUGAAUGGGCCUUUAAAUGUCGAAAUUAUAAACUGUCGUAGUUCUGAUGCUCAACAAUAUAAAGGUUAUAUACCUACUAAUAAUAACAAUACGAGUCAAUAAUAACUAACCACUGACUGACUAUCCAUCUCCCGACGUAGGCACGUGGUACUCGCUCUCUACACGUGACAAAAUUAACGUGGAUAAUUUGAAGAAACAAAUUCAACGUCCCGCGUAGUCUUACAGCUAUUCAACGUGCCUCAUAACGUAUGAGUAAGUUACUAAACUUAACUCCAUGCUCGGGGAGUUCUCACAACAUGGAAACUUAGAGUAAUCACCGUCCAACCCUUAAGACUUUCAUCAGCUCGAACUGCAACACCUUCUGACGAAACAACCCUGUCGGAGAACAUCUGAACUAUUCCCACAGUUUGCAUCUUCCGCUUUCCUGUUCGGUUAAUCAGGCAAUCCAACAGUGACCGUCUUUGUUGGGAUUGUUUCAAAAACUGGUCAUUUCAAACAUCAAGCACCUUAAGAAUUAAAGUUGAUGAGGAAUUCGAAGAAAUUAGGUGUAAAAGUUUGAACAAGUGUGGUCCUCUCAGGUUAAUACUGAUUUCUACAACGAGUACCAGUACCUGUUCUUCCUGCUCUCACCAGCGCUUUGAUCUUCUGAUGACCGAGAGCUUGAAAGCUAUGUCCAGUAGCCUAACAAUUGAAGGUCGACCGUGGCCAGUAGCCAAUCACUUUGCUAGCCACUUCUUCUUGUGUGGAAUGUGUCGAAACAGAUAUACCAAGCCUAAAGUUCUACCUUGCCUUCACACGUUUUGUGAGAGUUGUUUGUCAUUGUACAUCCCAGCAGAGAGCCUAACGAUCACUUGCCCCAUCUGUCGACAACAAUCAAUUCUACCGAAACAAGGAGUACCGGAGCUCCCAAAUAAUUUCUUCAUCGCAAAUCUGAUGGAACUAUUGGAGCAUCCUGCUGCCUGCCAGCGCAGAGAAUGUCAAACACCAGGGGUGCGGAAGUGCAUGUCAUGUGACCAGUUCUUCUGCGAUACCUGCUGUGGUGCACAUAAGGAGGAGUCGCCAUCUUGUGACGAGAUGAUCGUUUCUAUCAGCGAACUGGCUCUGUUGGAAGAACAGGAACUGAACAAAGAGAACCCAUCGCUAAUGUGCCCCAAACAUUCGUGUCAAACUCUUCGAUUUUACUGUCGCAAUUGCGAAACGGCUGUGUGUGUCACGUGUACAGAUAUCGAACACGGUGGCCAUUGCACCGUGAGAUUACGAGAUGCUAUAGAGGAUCAGAAGGAUUCUUUGAAAGUACUUCUUCGGAAAGCAUAUUCGCAGGUACCAAAUUUAAACAAGGCUAUUGAAAUCAUUAACUCCACCUCACACGACCUAUCGCAAAAACAUUCGGAUGUUUUAAGAGAAGUUUCUUUUUGUUUCGAUUCGCUAAUUGAGGUGGUUCAGAUGAGGAAGUCGUUCCUCCUCAAAGAGCUUGAUCAUUGCCACAGAUCGAAACAACAAAUUCUUUUCGAACAAAGAGAAGCACUCGAACAGUGUCUGAAUAACCUGGCAAAUAGCUGCGAGUUCACGGAAAACGCCCUCACGCAUGGCAACGAAACCGAAAUACUAUUGGUGAACAAACAAAUAGCAGAAAAAUUAAAAGAAUUUUCCGAAUUAGUUGUGAAAAAGGCUCCCGAAGAAAAUAGCUACAUCGCUUUCGAAGGAGAGAAUCUAAACGUAAUGAAAACGAAUAUACAAAAUUUCGGACGUAUACGAACGAACAGUGCUAUUGCACACGAGACGACGGCCUCUGGUGAGGGGCUGAAACAAUGCAUCGUGGGAAAGCCAACUUUUGUGAACGUUGUCACGAAAAACAGACGCGGAGAAAUGGUUAAAACGGGAAACGCUUUGCUCGAAACAGAAAUAGUUUCGGCGAGGACUGCCCUGUCAUUCAGACCGGAAGUGACAGCACAGAAGAAUGGAAGCUACGAUGUAAUCUAUACUGUCACAGAGGAAGGUCACUACAAGCUGGCCAUCAAGUUGUUUGGAAAAGACAUAAAAGGAAGCCCGUACCAGGUUAAAGCGUCUGUGGAAGAGGGUAGUUCUUCCAGCGAUCGUCCAGUCAGUUCCAAGAUUCCUAGGACGACGGGAGUACGACAGCGCGCGGUCAAACGGCCACCAAGCUAUCCGUCAACCACGUCACUGUCUAGAAAGAAUCCUGUUGAAGACGACUUUUUAAGGAGAGUUGGAAACAAAGGACGUGGGAAGGGAGAGUUCACCAAUCCUCAAGGAGUCUGUUUAACGCCAGCUGGAUACAUCGUGGUGACCGACAGCAACAACCAAUCUAUUCAGGUUUUUUCUCUCAGAGGUGACCAUAAGCUGAGCUUUGGAACAAAAGGAAGAAGUGCUGGCCAGAUUCAAAGGCCAACAGGUGUCGCUGUCACCCCGACUGGAAGCUAUGUUGUGGCGGAUUAUGAGAAUAAAUGGAUUAGUGUGUUUAAUUCCUCCGGCAAAUUUCUAGGUCGUUUAGGAGUAGGAAAAUUGCUUGGUCCUAAAGGAGUGGCGCUCGAUAACAACGGACAUAUUAUAGUUAUCGAUAACAAAGCUUGUAAUAUUCUGAUAUUUCAAGAGAACGGCAAACUUUUGAAUAAAUUUGGAUCGAGAGGAACAGGCAAUACAAAAUUUGCCGGUCCUCAUUAUGUAGCUGUAAAUAGCAAAAAUCACUUGCUGGUUUCCGAUUUUCAUAACCACUGUAUUAAGGUAUUUGACAGUGAAGGAAAUUACAUCUCUAGUUUUGGAUCCAGCGGCCAGGGCAAUGGUCAGUUUAAUGCCCCAACAGGUGUCGCUGUUGACAACCAAGACAACAUUCUGGUUGCUGACUGGGGAAACAGUCGUAUUCAGGUAACGUACAAUGAAACCUCUUCCCCCUCCCCCCAAAAAAAAUCGUCUUGUAAAACUAUCAAUUAAAUUUGAAGUUAAGGC